UGAAUGUGUUAGUUAUUGUGCAAUUGAAUUGAAAUCCAUACAUGGAUGUAAGUACUGUUCAAGGGGUGCGGCCCCGCGAUGGCCUUGCCUGUUUGUAAUGCAGUUGUAUUGUAAUUAGGGAUAAGAUUGUUUCUAAAAAAAUAGGGAGGAGGCGAGAGAAAAUUGUUCUCUGGGAGAAGAUAGAAGACUUGUACUCCAAUUUCGAUUUUAAUGGACCGAUUGAGAUGGCCAUGGAAGGAGGGGGAGGUGGAACAUUGUCAGAGCUUUACCAGCGCUCGAAGAGAUUACUGCUGACAACGAGGGAUGGUCUUGAGAGGCUCGAACGACUUGAGUUUUCGACGUCAAAAGGUGGCGUGGACUCACCGGAGCUCUCCUUCGCUGUCAAGCGUGACAUCGGUCAGAUCCAAUUACUUUGUGUUGAGAUGGAUCGCUUCUGGCGGUCCAUUGCUGCCAAAUCCCAGCGAGAUCUCUGGAAAAGGAAAGUUGAACAAGUAGCUGAAGAGGCUGGCUCACUUAAAGAAAGCCUUGAUAUGUACUUGUCACGGAAUCAGAGACGGACACAAGAAGCUAGAGAGAGAGCAGAACUGCUUGGAAGAGUCAAUGGGGAAUCCUCUCAUGUAUUGAGAAUAUUCGACGAGGAAGCACAAGCAAUGCAGUCUGCCCGUAACUCAUCUAGAAUGCUGGAAGAAUCUUAUGCAACUGGAGUGGCCAUUCUUUCCCAAUAUGCUGGUCAAAGGGAUCGUUUGAAGAGAGCUCAACGGAAGGCACUGGACGUACUUAACACGGUUGGGGUAUCAAAUUUUGUAUUAAGGCUCAUCGAGAGGAGGCAUCGCGUUGAUAGAUUGAUUAAAUAUGUCGGUAUGAUUUUGACAAUUACCAUUCUUAUUGCCUUUUGGAGGUGGAAGUGAAGAUGCUAGCAGUGAGUGGGUGACCAACGUCUUUCUUCCUUUUCAUUCUUUUAUUUACUUUGUAUUUGCCUGUUCUUUUGGAAGACUAUUACGCUGGGAGAUAAAUUUAAAGACGAACCCGUGGAUUAGUGGCGGCAUUUCUUAUUAGAAAGCUAUUUUAAGAAUGUAUAACUGAAGUAAAAGUUCAUUAAAGGAGUUGCAAAAGAAAAGCAUGAUUGAUGAAUA